AGAUGUUUAUUUUGAAGCCGUAGUUUACUUGGGCAAAGUAAAAAUUGCCAAGAUAGUUGUCCUUGCAUGAGAUUAUCCAUUCUUGUUGUCGGAGACGAGACAGUAUCGACAUCCAAGGACAUACUGGACGAAUUGUUUGCAUCAAGCCAUGUCAGGAAUUGAUGUUGAUGAGGAGACAAAACGUGCCGAAUGCGAGCACUUUGAAAAUGUGAUCAAGGCUUUCCUGUUCUACAGAGAACAUGCUUUGAAUGUGGUCAGCAAAGCAGAGGUGAGUUUUGCAAGGCUGCCACCUCAGCACCAGGCGAUACUCAGUCACUUACCUUCCAAGUUCUCGACUCAGAAACGUUGUGUUGAUGUGAAUCAGCAGUUUCUCAAUACUAUUGUGGCACAUGCUAGCAGCUUCACGGCGAAUAGCCACUUACUGCAGGGGGCGCAGACAGAAUUCCCGUUCAUAACCGGUCAGGGCCUGGACAUGGACAAGAUACGAUGUACAUUAAGACAGUUCGUUAGAGAUUGGAGUGAAGAUGGUCAAGCAGAGCGCGUUCAGAGCUAUAAACCGAUCACAGAUGCUCUGGAAAGCUAUUAUUCGCAUUAUCCCAUGGAUCAGCGCUAUCGACUCCGAGUGCUACUUCCUGGUGCUGGGUUGGGCAGACUAACCUACGACAUCGCAAAGCUUGGCUUUUCAGCGCAAGGAUGUGAGUUUUCGUACCAGAUGCUGAUCUCAUCCAACUUUAUUCUGAACUACGCUCCUGGGGAGAAGAUGCUUGCUCUGCAUCCUUGGGUGUUGUCGUCGUCUAACGUAUGGGAUGCCGAUGCACAUCAGUUCAAGCAAGUUCUUGUCCCUGACGAGAUGCCAGGAGGGCUUCCUCCGAACGUCGAGUUCAGCAUGGUUGCAGGGGAUUUCUUGGAAGUGUACAGGAAUCAGCGAGGGGAAUGGGACUGUGUCGCUACCUGUUUCUUCAUCGACACUGCGUCAAAUGUGGUUCAGUAUGUUGAGCAUAUCCACAGUUUGCUUGCAGAUGGAGGGAUCUGGAUCAAUCUCGGGCCUCUUCUAUAUCACUACUCGGACUCAGCAGACGUGGACUCUACUGAACUCUCAUACACUGAGCUGAGAUCGCUCGUUCUGCAUUUCGGGUUUGAGAUCAAGGAAGAGGCUGAGAGGACCUGCUACUACACGCAGAACCCGAACUCCAUGAUGCAUACCAUCUACAACUGCGCCUUCUUCGUGGCUAUUAAGAAGCCUUCACGCGGCUUCGUUCCUACUCCAACCUCCGUUCCCAAUGUUUCGAUGACUACCCCCUAUGCUGGCAACCCUUCACCGCAGAUGUAUGCAGGUGAGAGACUCUUGUAGAAGCGAUAGACGUGUUGACUGUGGCAUACAGCUGUAACCGGCUCCGAUGCUCACGUUGCAGCUCCUCCUCCACCGCAGUGAAAUAGUUGCGAUCAUUAUUCAUUCGGACGCUAGUCGUUCUACCGCAAAGUUUAAAGCGAUGUUUUUAUUC